AUGCCUGAUUCUACCGAGCAGAAAGUCCCCAGCAACGCCCGAAAACGCCGUAAUAGCAGCGUUCGUGCUGUAGAAGAGACAGCCGCAUCAUCCAGACCAAAGCGCGUGACAACGGCUGUAAAGGCUACCGUAACAGAAGAUGCCAUUGCCCAUUCUAAAAAACGGCCGAAGAACGCAAAACCCGGGAUUGAGGCCACGAAGGCUGAGACCGCGAAAAGCUCAAAGGAUGACACUAAGUCCAUUCUUGAGAGAAAGGGUCGGCCUGGGAGAAAGCCAAACGGUGAAGCUACCGUGGCGGAAGCGCCAGCUACAAAGAAAGCUACCGUUGAUGCAAAGCCCAAGAGUACUGGAAAGGCAGAGUCUAAAAAUGGCAAAUCAUACUGGCUCAUGAAAGCAGAACCGGAGACAAGACUUGAAAAAGGAGUUGACGUCAGGUUUUCAAUUGAUGAUCUGCGUGCUGCCACUGAGCCGGAGGGAUGGGAUGCAAGAAACCAUAUGCGUGCAAUGAAGAAAGGAGACCUCGCCUUCUUCUACCACUCGAACUGCAAGGUUCCGGGGAUUGCAGGAAUCAUGGAAAUCGUCCGAGAAAGCUCAGUAGACGAGUCCGCAUUUGACCCUGCUCACCCAUACUAUGAUCCGAAGUCCAGUCGCGACAACCCCAAAUGGGAUUGGGUCCAUGUUCAAUUUCGAAGCAAGUUCAAAAACCUGGUCACCCUCGCCGAUAUUAAGUCCCACGCAAAGCCUGGUGGUGCGCUGGAGAAUCUCCAAAUGGUCAGACAAUCUCGCUUGAGUGUGUCUCCCGUUACAGCAGAACAAUGGGAAUUCCUUAUGAGUUUGGCGGAGGAAGAAGAGCUCGUGAGAGAAUAG